AUGCUCGCCGCCGUAGGUCCCGAUUGCAUGUGGGCGUAUAUAUACCGGGUCCGAGUCAGUGCCCAGACCCAGCCGCGAUUUCCGUCCUUGAGCGCCACCCACACCUUCUCAUCUCCGCUCCUCAACACCAUGCGCUUCGCAAUCGUCAUCGUUGCCGCCUCCUUGCUCGCUACGACCAGCGCGAGCGUCAUUCGUUUCCCUUACCUUCAGCCCCGCGCUUUCGCCAGCGGAGAGCCUGAACCGCACGCUGACGACCUGGCCGUCCGCGACUUCGCCAGUGGAGAGCCCGAGCCCCAUGCCGGCGAUCUAGCCACGCGAGACUUUGCCAGCGGAGAACCCGAGCCGCAUUCCGGCGAUCUUGCUGUUCGUGAUUUCGCGAGCGGCGAGCCAGAGCCACAUGUCCACGACCUUAUUUCCCGCGACUUCGCGAGUGGCGAGCCGGAGCCGCACGCAAAUGACCUCGCGUAG